AUGGAACUCUUUGUGGCGCUGGACGAUGAGCCGGAACACGAUGGCCCUUAUCUCCCCAGCUCACAGGUACCCCACUCGCAACCUCCCAGUGCUAGCCAGGAAGCCCGCUUCGUCGCCGCCACCACCACGACGCGUCACUUGGCCGACGUGUUUGGCCUGAUUACACCCGUAUCCAAGGAAGCAGUAAUCACCAUUGGUAGUGACGGGAUGAGGAUAUACGCCGAGCUGGAGCACCGGCUGAGUAAUUUGCUGGUUACCAUUGAUUCCACGGUGUUUCGUCAGUGGCAAAUAACCCCUCCCAACGCUACACUCAAGCUCCAAUUGGACAUUUCCCUAAUUGCUCUGGCACUUCUGUCCGUCCCCAAUGAUCCUGAAGGCAAGCACACGUGUAUUUUCAGUUAUGACGGGCUUGGAUCUCCGUUUGUUAUUGAAUUUGAGGAUAAUCUAAUCAGUGAGCGGAUUGAGAUGCACACCUACGUCCACGAUAUUGAUGACGGACCUCACGUGCUUGGCAUUGACCGGAGCCGUGUCCACUUUGAGAUCACUUUGGACCUGAAAACGUUUACUGCCUUAUUGGAAUCAUUACACAAUGUGGGCACUACUGAAGUGUCGCUAAACAUUUCCAAUACUCCGGAAACCGAUAUUCGACACCAGCUUACUGGAGGUAAUCAUAACUCAUUGUUUUUCGUGUCUAAAGGACCUAUCGGUCUUAUGAAAGUGAUCUAUCCAGGUAUGCCUACAGUGUUGGAACGAGUCGACAUCUAUGAUGACUCAGAUAACCCUACACCGAUUACUUCACAGGUGCUGCUGCUGUACUCGUUCAAACAGCUAGGACAGAUCCUUAAAGCGGUGAGGCUAAGCUCUAAGUGUAAGCUUGUUAAAGAUUACCGCGGGGUGUUGCUGCUCCAGUUAUUGUGUCGCAACCAGUCUAACGCGACCUUGAUGACGUAUAACUUGGUCGAGUUAUCUAAUGUGGAAAUUGUCUAUGAUGAAGAGCCGAUGGCGGUGGAACCGCAAUCUGAUCAAGAGUACGAGAUUGAGAGAGGACCAGCUUUCGAUACCCCGAUCUUCUUAUAA